AUGUCUCGCCUUCGCUCGAAGCAAGACGACCUGAAGAAGAUAAUCAUGGUCAAGACGGACCCCGAACAGGCCGACCUCAACCGCACACUGCCUCUGAGUGCCGAACAAGCCAGCCAGCAGAACGAACUGCGCCGUGAAUACACGAACUUCACGAAGCUGCUUGCCGAAGCCGAGGAGGCGUUGACGAUUCUCAAGACAAGGAUCGCCGCCACAAGCAGUGCGUCUGGCAAGGGCAAUUCCAACAUGCCCACUGUUGAAGCCGUCAUGCGCACCAUCAGCAAGAUGACAAGCAUGGUGGAGAAACGUUCCGGCGAUAUUGAUGUCCUGGAAAACCAAAUGCGCAAGCUCCGGUUCUCAUCUGUAAACAGCCGAGAGGGCUCACCGAUGGUCACGCCUCAAAGGAACAGCCGCUCCACCAUGUUUUCGCCCGAACGAACGGCCAUGGCCUCGCCCGGCACCCUGCGCCACUCCUUCGUGUCAUCCGUGGCCUCGUACGGCGGCCGCGGCACGCCGCCCCGCAAGAAGUUGAGCGGGUUUAGCGCAGAGGAGAAGUCGGAUCUGAUGGCGAAGCGAGCUAAGCGCCAGGCCGUGCUAAACAAGCUCAAGGCCAAUGUCGAGCGGACAGGUGUGAGCGUAUGGGCAAUGGAGGACAUUGAAUGA